GGCCACUUGGCCUUUCGGGAAGGGUGGAGGACAAAAAGGCUGGGAGGGGGAGUGCUUCGCUGACGUUAUAAAAGGACGCGCUGGGCACUACGACCAAGAGUGUUUUUAACCUCACUCCACAGUGCCCUCACCUAAGUACCAGCGGGCCGGCUCAGUGUGCUAGUCUCCACCCGCUCCUAAAAGGCGGUAAACUCCAGCCUGCCGACCAUGCCUGCGGGCGUGUCCUGGACCUCCUACCUGAAAAUGUUCGCCGCCAGCCUCCUGGCCAUGUGCGCCGGCGCCCAAGCGGUGCACAGGUACUAUCAGCCGGACCUGACAAUACCUGAAAUUCCACCAAAGCCUGGAGAACUCAAAACAGAGCUUUUGGGACUGAAAAAGAGACAGCAUGAACCUCAAAAUCCAACUCUGCCAAGAACUUUGUGAAUAAUAUUAUGAGAAUUAAAUACAUAUUUAAAAAAUUUAAUGAGUCAAAUUCCUUGUUUUUAAGCAACUAGUACAAUGCUAACUGCAAGAGGAGGUGCUCAGUAGAUGUUCACUAAUCCAUAUUGAGAUUUAAUUAUGGUUUGACCAGUGUUUCUUAAAAACUGCCAAAGCUUAUAUAUCAGCUUCCUGAAUGUGGUCUGAUACUUAGUCUUGAAGAUCAUAUGAGAUAGACUAUUUGCAGUGUCUCCUGCCCUUAUGAUUCUGGUUUAUUUCUCUGAAUAAGCUUGACUAUAACAGCGAAGGGGAAUUAUAAAUUAACUAUAGUAAAAGUGACAUUGACCAUGAAUGCUUAUGGUGUGAAGUUAAUAUUUCUCUAAAUAUUGGAAAGUACUAUUUAUACUAAACUGAAUUCAGUUGAAAUAUUUAAAUUUGAAUUUCUUUUGGAAUUGUGUAUGUAACAAAAUUAACAAUUGUGACUUGGACUGUGACAAGUUCUUUACCCCUAAUUUGAGAAACCAUUUUGGCAUUUAAUUUCUUAUAAAAUAUAUUUUAAAAUAACUGAUAAAUGAGUAUUAUUAUGAGUUGAACUGUAUCCCUCCAAAAGAUCUUAAAGUCCUAACUCCUGGUACCUGUGAAUGUGUAUUUGGAAAUAGGGUUUUUUCAAAUGUAGCUAAGUAAAGAUAAGGUCACUAGGCUGAACCCUAAUCCAGUGUGAAUGGUGUCUUUUUAUAAGAAGAGGAAUAUGCCACGGAAAGACAGACACACAGGGAGAAUGCCAGAUGACAACAGAGGCAAAGAUUGGAGUGAGCAGCCACAAGCCAGGGGUCACCACCAGAAGCUAGGAAGAGGCAAGGAAGGGUUCUCCCGAGAGUCUCAGAGCAUGGCCCUGCCAACACCUGGACUUCAGACUUUUGGCCUCCAGAACUGUGAGAAUAAAUUUCUAUUGUUUUAAGCCAUCUAGUUACAGUGGUACUUGGAUAACCAUAAAGCAGCCCUGGGAAACUAAUACAAACGUUUUAGCCCUUUGCUGAGUUUAUAAAAGCAGGACAAGAGUAAUUUAUAAAGCACUCAGCUUUGUAUUCAGGGCUAUUUUUCCAAAAGAAGUUUUUCGGAAUUCUGCAUUCUUAAAGAUCAUGUCUAAGCCUAUUACUUCUUAGCCAGUUAGCAAAUUGCUACAUGACAUUGAUCUUUAGGGUCAGUGUUAAAAUCUUAAAUACUAAAUUCCUAAAUGCAAACAAAAUGCUUUUGUUUUAUUCUCCACAGUCAAUGCCCCUUUCAGUUUAACAGUAUAAAGCAACUAAACAAAAUGGUUUAUUUCCAACCUCAUAAUCAAGAUUUUUCUUUUCCACUGCAUGUCAUUUGGUACCUUAUCACAUGCUCCCAGCACAAAGUGGAUCUUCAGUUUUGUUAGUGACAGCUGAGCUGUAGCCCACCCUAGGGGGAAAAGGCCUGGGAUUCUGAGGUAGAAGAUGGAAUUUUUAGUUCAGACUGAUUGCUGUUUGCUGAAACUUAAUUUAUUGUGACUUUAUGCAUGAGACUUACCUUCUCUGGAUCAAAUUCCAUAGUUGCCAUUAACUGUAUACUUUUUUCAUGAAAAAAAUUGUAUACUUCACAAAUGGUGAAGCUUGCCACAGCUGUCAUUGCAAGGACUUUAUAUCAAACUAGAAAAAUUUUGACUUUUAAAUUAAAAGAAUUAAAAAAUGUUUUCUUAAGCAUUAAUUCAGUAAUUCUCAUCCAGUUGCCUAACUUCCUCGAGGAGUUGGAAUUCUCAAAGGCUUCAGGAAGGGUACUUGAUUUACUAUAAAUCAACAAUAACAUUGUUUUUUAACUCCAAACUAAUUUUAUCAAUUGAAUUUGGAAGGUGGAGUUUUUCUUCUUGUUAAAUGGACAUUUACUAAUUCUAGUUCUCCAUUAACUUUAGUACAUGAACACCAAAUAGGUGAGCUUUGAUACACAUUUUGUAGAUACCAGUGAGGAACCCUUUAUUACUUUCCAGAAUGAAGGCUUGGGGACACUGUUCACCCUUUGCUUGAAGAAAGGACCUGCCCCUUGAGGUUAGCUUGUGCACAAGGAGAGGACCCUCAUACCAUGGAUGAAUGCAGUGGACCAUACUAUAAAAGCAUCCCUAUACCUUCCUUUUACAAGUAGAGUGGUCUGGCUAUUGAUUUGAACCCACCUUCAUGAAGGUGAAAAAUUAACUUUAUAGCUAUUAAAAUAAAAAUGCACCAAAAGUAAAAAUGCCAUCAUUUCAGUAAAUGUUAAUUCUAAGUAAUUUUAACCAAGAUGUGUAUUUCUUUUCUUUUUUUAAAGUUGAGCCUCACUGUGAAAAAUAAACAUUGUGGUGGGUGUGGAAAUGUAGCAUCUGGAUUCCCAAGGAAAGGCAUGUCACCCUAGGGCUGAGUGCUUAUCAGUGAGCUUCCUUCAGUUGCCAGCUCCUGUGGGGACGGCCUCAGCUAGCACAGCCUUGCUUAGAGCUAUGCGUCCAGCCCACUCAGCACAAUGCAGACAUACUGGGCCACUCUGAGGGGACUCAUUUUAGCUCAGCUUCCCUCAAGGUUGACAGGCUAUUUGUACCUGCAUUACAGCUCAGCUUCUCCUUCUGCUCAGU